AUGUCGGCCAAUAAUUCCCACCUCCAAACGCUCCCCGCCGGCACCCACAAACCCAACACCGCAAGCGAGGUACCCGGCCAAGGCCUGAACCCUUCGCUGGGCGGCACAACCUCCGCUGCUGUGCACAACGACAACCAGUUCGGCAAGCCGUUGCAAGACAUGGAGGGCCGCGAGCUAGGCGGCAGUCGAGACCAUAAGAAGGAGAGAUCAGAAUUGGAAGAGGUCGGAGCUUCCACGGGCAAGAAUCUCAUCGGGGAGAAGGGUAGUGGUCUGCCUAAGCACGUUGGCAAAGGCUCGAAGGGAAAGGCAGACCCUGACUACCCCAGUGCCACGGACCAGGUGCCCGAGAGCGCUGAGACGGUGGCGGCUGAGAACUCUGGACCCAAGUGUCGGGUUUAUGGCUGGUUUUCUGCGGGUAACAGUCAAUAG